GAUCAACCACGUUAAAUAUGCCACAUCCCUGGAAGCGGUGAUUGCUUGGUCUUACUCCUCGCGUCUUCGUUUUACCCUCGCGCGAAUCGUAUCCCUACCGAAAUCAGACGAGAAGAGAGGAGAUUGAUUCGAUGCUGAGGGUCGCCGGAAGAAGAGUCACUGCUUCGCUCUCUUGGAGGCCCAGCUGCGCCUCCUCCACCUUCCUCUCCCGGACUCCGAUCCCCGGUGCCGCCUCUUCCGAUGACGAUUCCAGAUCUCACGUCGUGCCUUCCGCCGGCUUCCACUUUGAAUCGGUUCUUCUCCGGUCUAUCAGAGGUCUUGCUACUCAAUCACUUACUCAAAAUCAAGAUCUGGGGUUAGUGGAUCUUCCAGCCACCGUAGCAGCUGCAAAGAACCCAACCUCUAAGAUUGUCUAUGACGAGUACAAUCAUGAGCGCUUCCCACCAGGCGAUCCUAGCAAACGAGCAUUUGCAUAUUUUGUUUUGACUGGUGGGAGAUUUGUUUAUGCCUCUUUGCUUCGCCUCCUGAUUCUUAAGUUUGUUUUGAGCAUGUCUGCCAGCAAGGAUGUACUUGCCCUAGCAUCAUUGGAGGUUGAUCUCUCUAACAUUGAGCCUGGGAACACAGUGACUGUUAAGUGGCGUGGCAAGCCAGUUUUUAUAAGGCGACGAACUGAAUCUGAUAUAAAGAUGGCAAACAGCGUGGAUGUGUCAUCCCUUCGUGAUCCACAGGAGGAUUCGGCCAGGGUGAAGAACCCUGAGUGGCUUAUCGUCGUUGGUGUUUGUACUCAUCUUGGUUGCAUUCCUCUACCCAAUGCCGGAGACUUUGGAGGCUGGUUUUGCCCUUGCCACGGCUCUCACUACGAUGUCUCUGGCAGGAUCCGCAAAGGCCCAGCACCUUUUAAUCUAGAGGUUCCAACAUACACCUUCUUGGACGAGAACAAAUUACUCGUCGGAUGAAAUUAUCCUGGCUGAGAGUAGAUGAUGUGGUUCUCUAACUUUUCAUCCUUCAAAUAAAUUUUUACUUGUUCAAUGUCCUUUUAAAUAAAUUGGACGCCUGUCGGCCAGUUUUAUUCUGGCUUUGAACUGUCAAUAAUUGUUUGUUGCUACUACCGUAAAAUCAUGUUAUGUUACCGUAUGAAAUGAGUUGGUAUCAUGAGCAAGAGUUUGGUAUUGUUUAAAUUACAUUUAUAAUAA